CGACAACGGCUAAUCAUGGCCCAGGGAUGGACUGCCCAAAUGCCACAUGUGGAGUAGCCGAUACACUGACGCCCCCGAGCAUCGUCCGUUGCUAGCAGGACCCGUUUGGAGACUGGUUGUGGGGUAGCUGCUAGCUCGUGGGUCAGAUGGGGGAUGAGGGGGCGUAUAUGUAGGAUGAGCGCUCCAGCUUCUCGACCUUCUUAUGCCCUGCCUCUGCACUGUUGGUUGCAGCUCUUGACUACCAUUGACUUUGCAAUUCACAGUACAUUAUCUUAGAGAGAAAGCAGCGAGACAAGAACAAUGGGCGAUAUCCAGAUCCCCAAGAAACACAAGGCCGCUGUCUACGACAAGCCAGGCUCGAUCUCGACCAAGAUCGAGGAACUCGACGUCCCCGAGCCAGGCCCCGGAGAGGUCCUGAUCAACCUAACGCACUCCGGCGUCUGCCACUCGGACAUGGGCGUCAUGCUCAACGCGUGGAAGCUCCUGCCCUUCCCCACCCAAGCAGGCCAGGUCGGCGGACACGAGGGUGUGGGCAAGAUCGUCAAGAUGGGCCCCGGGACGCAGAGCUCCGCGGUCAAGAUCGGUGAUCGCGUGGGGAUCAAGUGGAUGGCGGGCAUCUGCGAGGCGUGCGAGGCGUGCCUCGCAGGCAUGGACGCCAACUGCUUCAGCGGCAAAAUCUCAGGAUACUACACCCCCGGUACCUUCCAGCAGUACGUCCUCGGGCCCGCGAACUACGUAACGCCCAUCCCUGACGGUCUCGAUUCUGCUGCCGCCGCGCCGCUGCUGUGCGCCGGAGUAACGGUAUACGCCGCGCUGCGCAAGGCCAACGCCGAGUCUGGCGCCUUUGUCGUCAUCAUGGGCGCAGGCGGCGGCCUAGGCCAUCUCGCCGUGCAAUACUCGGCGCGCGCCAUCGGGCACCGCGUAAUCGGCAUCGACCACUCGAGCAAGAAGGACCUCGUGCUGGACUCGGGCGCAGAGCACUUUAUUCCCGUCGACGGCACGGAGUCGCUGGCAUCCGCGGUGCAGGCGCUGACGGGUGGCCACGGGGCGCACGCCGUCGUCGUGUGCACGGCACAUCAGGGCGCGUACGAUGAGAGUGUUAAUCUUCUGCGCUUCGGCGGCCGCGUGGUCUGCGUGGGUAUCCCCGAGGGCGAUAUACAGCCCAUUGCCAGCGCGUCGGCGGGGAUCAUGGUCGGCAAGGCGCUGCAGAUUGUUGGCUCGGCGGUGGGGACGCGGAAGGAGGCUAUUGAGGCGGUGGAGUUUGCGGCCAGGGGGAUUGUGAAGACGCAUUUCCGCGUUGAGAAGCUGGAUAAGUUGACGAGUGUGUUUGAGGAGAUGGAUAAGCAGCAGCUUAAGGGUAGGGUUGUUAUUGAUCUAAGGGAUUGACGGGUGUGUGUAUAUAGCCUGAUAUAGAGCAAGCGUUCACGGCGUGCAAUGUUGAAUGUGCUAC